CGAACACUUCAUGACCGAGAGAGUAGGCGAAGGCAAGGUCUAUCAGACCCUGCAAUACAUGUCUCGCAUCGCCGUGUGGACUUAUUUCAGAAACCUCAAAGUCAUUUGCCAUGCUCCCAUCCCAGCAGAAGGGCCUCUUCUUGUCGCUGGAAACCACAUGAACAUGGUCCUCGACCCAGCUAUGCUCAUAGCCACAUUCCCUCAUUCUCGUCCAUGUCAUUUCUGGGCUCUUGCAAGAUUCUUCAAGAUCCCGGUCAUUGGACAAAUAUUUAGUUCUGCUGGAGUCCUUCCUGUCGACACAAAGACUCACAGCAAUGCCAAAUUAUUUGAGUCUACAAUGAAUUGUCUUGAAAAGGGCGGUGUGAUAGCCAUAUUUCCUGAAGGAACGUCAUAUACUGCACCCCAUCAUUUACCGUUUAAAGAUGGUCUGUCUUGGGCAACAUACGAGUACCUUUCCCAACAGACAGACAAGGGUAUCCCCGAUCCUUCCAUUUCGAUUAUCCCAGUUGGUAUCACCUAUAGUACAAAGAAUAAAUGGCGAAGCGAUGUUAUUGUAGAAUACGGAGUCCCGAUCCUCGUUACUGGAGAUGAUUAUCGUGAAUUUCAAAAAGACGCCAAGAACUCUGUCAAACAGCUAACUGAACGGAUAGCCCAAGGAGUCGAACGCAGUACCAUCAAUAGCCCUGACUGGGACACAGCUAAUGCCGCAUUUGAAGCCAAAGCUGUCUUGUUUGGCGAUGCAAGAGGUGUACGUCUAGAAGAAUAUGUUCGAGUCUCCCAAAGCUUCAUCAAUAUAUUUCAUCCUGAUCGCUGUAACGACGACCAAGACACAUACCACGAAGCUCGCAACGAUCUCAAGCAAAAACUUUUGAUAUUCCACGACAAUCUUAGAAGGCUGCGCUUAUCUUCUCUUGAUAUCAGAAUGUAUGAAAACAAGGAAAUCACAUUUUUUAGAGCCCUAUUACGGUGGGUCUCGACUUGGUCCGCUCUGGUAAUUCAGCUACCUCUGUUCCUGCCUGGCAUUGUUGUCAAUCUUCCUAUAUAUCUUCUCAGCCGAAUGGUGAAUUCAUUUGAGAAAUACAAAGAAUCAGUCGCCCAAGACAAACUUGCAGUUUCCUUAAUCCUAGCCAUGCCAUUGUACAGUACAAUUGUGUAUUAUAUCUGGAAAGCAUUAGCCUCGGGAUUCGUUGGCUUCAUUGUGGCCCUGUUGCUGAUUCCUCUGUUUGCAUGGUACCACAUUGCAUUAAUCGAUAAGCGUUAUGAUAUGCUUAAGCAGGUUAUUGCCUCGUGGCGCGUACUCAUGGCAGUGGGCUCAAGUGUUCUGUCAGAUGGGAAGCACGCACCACAACGCCAAGAACUCGAAGAUGCCGCCCAUCUUCGUCAAUGGUGUCUUGAUAAUAUAAAAUCUCUUCUCUUAGAUUUGGCUCAUUCAGGUGAUCCCAAUGCAAGUUACUUAGUCGAGUAUGGAAAACCUUUGUUCGAACCUGUAACUCCAGCCGCUACCUCAUAAGAUGUCACCAUUCCUCAUGCUCUUGUCUAUUAUUUUUUUCUCUUCAUCAUUGUUUAAAUACCAUUCUGCUGUUCUGCGUAUAUUAUACCUUAUAUAUAUACAUAUAUACAAUGUUUCUGAUGUUAUUUACCGAUCCUGGUGAAAUAUAUAUAUAUUUAUAUCAGCAUUUUACAUAAAUUUGGCGAGAAUUUAUAAUAGCUUUAUGUGCAUUGUCAC